AUGAGUAGAAACGAAACAGCUAUCAGAGCAGGAGGGUAUGGUAAGAAAAGGCGGUAUAACACUACUCAAGAACACUAUGUCCUUCCUGUAGAUCAACAGGAGAUCAACAGGCUCAACACACAGCACCGAGCUGUGACAUCAAUAUUUGAGGGGUUGUUACCUCAUGCUAUCCGAUCCAUCUACAAAGCCGAUCAAGGAAAGGGCAAGAGAGUGCUGGAUGUAGGAUGCGGGACGGGUCAAUGGUUGAUUGAUCUUGUGGCGGAAUAUCCAGACGUGGAAGAGGUGAUCGGUAUCGAUAUCACCCUAAUGCACCCCCCGAGCUACCAUAAUAAGAUCCAGUUCAUAACUCACAAUGUUCUUGAACCUUUCCCCAAGGAGUGGAUUGAACGAUUCGACCUCGUUCAUCUUAGAUUCCUUAUAACUGGGAUCAAAGAUUUUCCAUUGCUGCUCGAGAGACUAUCUGCAUUGUUGAAACCUGGCGGACACCUCGUCGUUGUCGAACCAGAAACCAAGUGUCGAUCAAUGACUGGAAGAGGGUUGAAAGAGGUAGCACCUGCUAUGGCGAGUUUCGGAGAACUAUCCUACAAAGCAAUGCAAAGAUUCGGUAUUGAAGUUGACGCUACCCAGAACAUCCCAAGGUAUUUUGAGAACUGUGGAAACUUCGAAGAUAUUCGAAAGGAGUUGAGGGAAAUUCCGAUGAGUGAUUGGUCAGAUGAUCCGAAAUUGAAGGAGAUUGGAUUCAUUCAAAUGUCCAACUCUUUAGCAUUACCUGAUACCAUCAAGAGAUUGAUCAUUUCAUCAGGACUGAUUGAUGAGACCGGCUUCGAAAUUGCCAAAAAAGAAUUUCAGGACGAAGUGAGGAAUGGGAAGGGUAAGGCGGUUUUGCCGAUUUGGUCGAUAUGGGCUAGGAAAAAGUGA